AUGCAUGUUCAAGGAGAAGUCGGAUCUAAGACGUCUGAUCCAAGUGAGGAUUUCCAAGGCAACGAAUGCUCCUCGUCGAUAAACGAAACCCAUAAAUUGAAACGCUUUAGAGGCAAGACCUUUGAACCAAGACUUCAACGGUUCAUUCGAUAUUUGGACAGUGAGGGAGACGAUGAGGAAAGAGUGAGAGAUGGAAAUGACGUGGUUGAAAUGAGGUUUUCGGAUGAAAGGAGGUUGAUUUUGCUGUCCAACAUAGGGAUUUAUAAGAAAGCAAAGAAGAGGCAGAUUCGCGAUCUGUAUUUGUUGGCAACGGCUAAUCGUCCUCAAAGCUACAUAUCAAGGACCAUAGGUUGGGACCAGUACCCCCAUGGUAGAUGGAGUGAUUCUAGAAAUCCUUCAUAUGGGGCAUUGACUGACUAUCAGUUUAUGCGGCCACGGGCACGUGACAAGAAGCUUCUUGAGGAAUGGGCACUCCCAUUGAAAAGCAUUGAAGAUGUUUAUGAGAAAUUUAUGAAGUACUGCCUUGGAAAGUUGAGAAGCAGUCCGUGGUCUGAAUUAGAAGGUCUUCAGGCUGAGACAAGGAUGAUAAGUGAACAGCUUGGGAAAAUUAACAUGAAAGGCUUUCUUUCUAUCAACAGCCAACCAGCAGUUAAUGGAGAAAGAUCUGAUUCUCCUUCCGUAGGAUGGGGUGGGCCAGGAGGUUACGUUUAUCAAAAGGCGUACAUUGAGUUUUUCUGUUCCAGGGAAAAGUUGGAUGCUAUUGUUGACAAAUGCAGGGCCCUUCCAUCUCUCACCUACAUGGCGGUGAAUAAGGAAGGCAUUUGGGUAUCCAACGUCACUCAAAAGGAUGUGAAUGCUGUAACAUGGAGUGUUUUCCCAGCCAAAGAGAUCAUCCAGCCAACCGUUGUCGAUCCUGCCAGUUUUCUUGUGUGGAAAGAUGAGGCGUUUGAGAUUUGGUCAAGGGGAUGGGCUGCCUUGUAUCCUGAGGGCGACUGGUCCCGAAAAUUGCUUGAUGAGAUACAGAGCAGCUACUACUUGGUGAGUCUGGUGGAUAACGAUUAUAUCAAUUCCGACCUCUUUGCUAUUUUGGAGGACUUCUGAGAUGAGCUCUGCUAUUCCUUUCCAUGAUUCUAGCUUUUUGAGCAUCAUCAUAUUUUUCUCCCUGCUCAGGGAGUUAUCACUAAACAAAUGACUGCAAUAGAAGAAAUGGUCUCAAUAUAUUCUUUUUCUUUCUUUCUUUUUUUUUUCCAAAGGAUGAUCAGUGUAAUAAUUAAGCUUCAUAAUUUCUGUGUUUGGAUCCAAGUUGUAUAUAAAUGUCACAUUAUUAAGAUUUCA